GAGCAGUAGAAAUUCGUUUUUUUCGUGACACAUCUGAUAUUCGGUCGAGGUGUGGUUGUAAAAAUUUAAUAAAUUCCAAUUAAAUAUUAAAUAAAUAGCAAAAUUUAUUUAAUAAGUUGAUAACAUUUAACAAAAGUAUUAAGUUAAUAUUGUAAAAAACAUUAUGGCUAACAGAUUACCGGCUUGUGUGAUUGAUGUAGGCACCGGCUAUACAAAAUUGGGAUUUGCUGGUAAUAAAGAGCCACAAUUUAUUAUACCCUCUGCUAUUGCUAUCAAAGAGUCAGCCCGUGUGGGCGACACCAAUACCAGACGUAUUACAAAAGGUAUUGAAGAUUUAGAUUUCUAUAUAGGCGAUGAAGCCUUCGAUGCCACUGGCUACUCCGUCAAGUACCCAGUACGCCAUGGUUUGGUGGAAGACUGGGAUUUAAUGGAACGUUUUCUGGAACAAUGCAUUUUUAAAUACUUAAGAGCCGAACCUGAAGAUCAUCAUUUUUUACUUACUGAACCUCCAUUAAAUACUCCCGAGAAUCGCGAGUAUACUGCUGAAAUUAUGUUUGAGACUUUUAAUGUUCCUGGUCUUUAUAUCGCUGUGCAGGCCGUUUUAGCAUUGGCUGCCAGUUGGGCUUCCAGACCAGUUGAGGAACGUACCCUCACUGGCAUUGUUGUUGAUAGUGGAGAUGGUGUUACUCAUGUCAUUCCAGUGGCUGAAGGUUACGUUAUUGGCUCAUGCAUUAAACAUAUACCAAUUGCUGGUCGCAAUAUAACCUCCUUCAUACAGAGCUUGUUGCGUGAACGUGAAGUUGGUAUACCACCCGAACAAAGUUUAGAAACUGCCAAAGCUAUUAAAGAGAAGCACUGCUAUAUUUGCCCCGACAUUGCCAAAGAAUUUGCUAAAUAUGACACGGAGCCAGGCAAAUGGAUACGUAACUAUACGGGUAUUAAUUCGGUCACAAAAUCACCAUUCACUGUUGAUGUGGGUUACGAACGAUUUUUGGGUCCCGAAAUUUUCUUUCAUCCGGAAUUCUCAAAUCCAGACUUUACCAUACCUUUGUCGGAAAUUGUUGAUAAUGUCAUACAGAAUUGUCCAAUUGAUGUAAGACGACCAUUGUACAACAAUAUUGUUUUAAGUGGUGGCUCGACAAUGUUUAAAGAUUUCGGACGCCGUUUACAGCGUGAUAUCAAACGUUCGGUCGAUACACGUUUGCGUAUUAGUGAAAAUCUAUCGGAAGGUAGAAUUAAGCCAAAACCCAUUGAUGUUCAAGUUAUUACACAUCAUAUGCAACGUUAUGCUGUUUGGUUUGGUGGCAGUAUGUUAGCUUCAACGCCUGAAUUUUAUCAAGUUUGUCAUACAAAAGCUGCUUACGAAGAAUAUGGACCUGGUAUUUGUCGUCACAAUCCUGUUUUUGGUACCAUGACAUAAUCACAUUUUACACAAAUAUAUUAUUUAUUUUACUGUGAACUGGUUUUUCUAACAUUAAUUAAACUGAUUUUCCUGCUUUUCAAAACCGUUUAACAUUUGAAAUAGUAACAUUCACUGCUUCUUACUAUUAUUAUUAUUUUGUAAUCAAAAAUGUUUAAUUUUUUUUCUUUAUUAUUUUUAAAUAACUCUCUAAGUAAACUUCUUUUAUAAACAAACAUUUUUUUUAUAUUCUAAACUAAGAAUUUUGUCUUUUUUCUAGACAAUUUUCAUAAUUUUUAUAUUAUGCAUUUCUUCAGCCUGUUUAUAAGUAUUUUUUUUUCUUAAAUUUUAUUGUAUACAUGUGUUUUUAAAUGAAACAUUUAAUUCGGCCAAAAGAAAAAUACAAUUUUAUAAUGAAAGUUUUCCCCCCGUAUAUAAUUUGAAUAAUAAACGUUUUUUAAAUCCUAAGCAAACAAAAUUCAUGUUUAAAAAAUAUAUUACAAAAGAAUAAAAAAUACCCGACAGAUGUAAUCUGUUGAAAUUACAUUGGAAA